ACUACUACUGCUGCUGCUGCUGCUGCUGCUGCUGCUGCAGGAGCAGGAGAGGUGGCCGAUAGCAGGACCGUCGUGUGUACGUGGCAGGUGCUGGCUGCGGUGAGAGGAAUGGAGCUUCCUUCACUAAAUCAAAAAUACAGCAAAAAGAACUACAGAUAUUUUUAUGCGUCCGCUGGUCUUCACAAUGAGGCUUACCCUAAUUCGGUGUGAAGGUCCGAUGUCAGUAGCGAAAAGUUGUUAGCUGGCAAGGAAGCUGUAACCAGCAUGCCAGCGAACCAGUGUUUGUUCCGUCACCAGACAGCACCCAGGAGGACGGUGGUAUCUUACUCGUGGGUGUCAUCGACACCUGCUGCACACGACCAGACUUUCUUCUCCUUUUGGAUCCGAAAACCAUGACAGAAGUUGCUCGGGCUGAAGUUGGCUUCAUCAAGGCUUAUGGGAUUCAUUCCAUAUUUUCCGCCGAUAGUCUAGGCAUUCGGCGAAAGUCAUCGUUUGUGCCUACAAGGCGGAGGUGAUACAACUAGUACGACCGGGCAAUAAUGGUUCGUACCAGAGAGUGCAUCAUCACGCGGAAAGGCGUACACGCAUCUGCGUACAUAUAUUAUGUGAGAAUGAAGGCGAGAGAAGCUGUGAUUCGCCGCUGGGAGGUAGAGGAGUAGUGCACAACCAGUGUAUGUCCACGAAACCGCAUCGAAUUCUCACCGUGUUACGAAUGGCAUAGCGCACCGCUAAUGCAUCGCUGCCUUCCACGGAUAUCUCAUCGCGACGAUCAGUGUGGUCUACCGUAACAAAACAAGAUGGCGGCGACCGCUUCUCAUGACAACACAACAACGCUGAUGCAACGUGACACUCUAGACGGACUCGGCGGAGAGCUCUUCAACUCGGUUCUCUACCGGCAGUUCGUCGCACAGACGGAUGUCACCUCAGCGGCUAGCGUCUCCGCUGCCACGCUGGUGCCGCUUGCCGUCGAUGACGUCACGCUGGUUGAUAAAUACUUCGAGGCGGGCGUGCUCGUUAUACUGCUCGUCACGGCCAGCCUGGGCAACACGCUGCUGUGGGCAUCCGUGCUCGGCACGCGGAGGCUGCGCAAGCCGGCUAACUACCUCGUGCUGUGCCUUAGCCUCGCCGACCUGCUCGUCUCCGUCAUCAACAUGCCGUUCACCGUAUCGGCGAUCGUCGACGGCCGCUGGACGCACGGCGACGGCUUCUGCGUCGUGCAGGGCUUCACGAACAUGGUGACGUUCGUGGCGAGCGUCAUGUCGCUGGCGGCGAUCACCAUCAAUCGAUACGUGGCGGUCUGCUACUGUGGCGACUACCGGGCGGUCUACACCCCGAGAAAUACGAUAUUUGUGUGCAUUGGUGUCUGGUUGGUCUCAGCGGCGCUCGCAGCGCCACCGCUAUUAGGAUGGGCCAGUUAUGGAUUCCUACCGGGACAAUCCUUUUGCUUUUGCCUCUGGGCGACGAGCAAGUCCUACACAUUUUUCAUGGUCUUCGUCUGCUUCGGUGGACCACUUGGCGUCAUGGCCUACUGCUACGCGAAAAUCAUCAUCGAGUGUAAGCGUAGCCGAGAGAGAAUGAACCCGGUAGCAAAACGCAAGAAAGAAGUGAAUCCGACAGCGGAGAUGACUACGUACGGACCGGGGGCUACCGUCGCCGGACAGCCGGACAUGACCGUAUCCGGUCAGUAUACCGUCAAACAGAUCGAGAGCAUUGAGAUGACCGUGCGGCCGGAUUCCGGAGUCGGCGACCCACCGGAUGUUGCUGCUGCCGGCGACGACGACCCCCCGUCGGCCCACAGUCCGGUAUACUUCCUUCCGGCGAUGCAGCCGCUAGACGUAGCUGCUUACAGUCCACGCCGCUUCGCACCGCUGUUUGCCGUGGAAGAGGAGAAUGAGGCGGACGACUCCAUGUUGGAUGGAGAGAGCUGCUACAGCGAGAGCUCGGCCAGUCGCUCCGCCUCGCACACUACCGGCGCAUUUACUUCCAGCACAGUCUCCAUCGUCUCCGACUUGUUUAAUUUCCGACUGAGCAGCGGAGAGUAUGCUGCACCGAGUAGACGGGGGACGGGUAUGCGGCUGGCGCCACCUACGCAGCGUCUGAGCAGCGUCAGCUUCCAGAGAGGGCGGGAGAAGCUGCGUCAGCUCGGUCAGACGCUGCACACGCCGUCGUCGGUCAUCAUGAAGCGACUGCGACGCAAGAAGCGACGCGAGAAGAAGAAGCUGCGCGAAAUACAUCUCGCGAAACUCUUCCUGGUCGUCAUCUGUGCGUUCGUUGUCUCCUGGUUUCCGUUCUGCGUCACGAUGUUCUGGAGCGUCUUUGGCGCCUCUCCCGUGCCACGCACCGUCGACAUGAUCUCACUGUUGCUAGGUUACGCAAACUCCUGCUACAAUCCCAUUAUCUACGGCGCGCUGAACCGGAACUUCCGGGAGGGAUACAAGAACGUCUUCGGCUGCCGCAGACGUGGUCGCCGACAGACGUCGACACGGCAAAUGCAGAAAAAAAUGUCGCGAAAAUGGCGAAAGGUGGAGACGGUGACACCGAAGACAGCGCUGCCUGUUACGUGUCCCCGAAUAACGGUCACGUCAGAGAGGGCGCUGUCCGUGUCUGUGACGUCCGAGGAUGGCUUGUCCGCCUCGUUCACAUCUGACGGACUAAGCGAUGACGGUCCCUACUGCUCAGUUGACGAGAGUGCUGAUGGAGAACUCACAGAUGACUGAAGAAAUAUGUGGGUGUUUGUUCGGGCCACGUUAGUUAGUGUGCAUGUAGGCUAGGUGUGCGCACCAUAAGCGUGUGUGUGCGUGUGUGCGCGCGUGGUACACGCCGCAUUGUUAAUUUGUGUUUUAACAUUUCGUAGGAAAUAAUAAUAAACAAAUAUUACCGGCUUUAA